AUGAGGAUACACACUGGUGAAAAGCCUUUCAACUGCACUGAAUGUGGAAAAUACUUCAGAACCAAAGAAAUUCUUAAAGUUCAUCAGAGAAUUCACACAGGAGAAAAACCUUACGAGUGUCCUCACUGUGAGAAGAGAUUUAGCUGUAAACGUGGUCUGAAGAGACAUGUGCUUUUACACACCAAUGAGAGACCGUAUCAGUGCAGUGAAUGUGACAAAACCUUUAGGGAUUCAGGUUCAUUAAAAUCACACCAGAAUACUCACAUUAAAGAGAAACUCUAUCAGUGUUCACACUGUGAUAAAUGUUACGGUCAUAAAAGUCAUCUGAUAAUCCAUGAGAGAGUUCACACUGGAGAGAAACCUUACGUCUGCGCUCACUGUACGAAGAGUUUUUCUAAUUCAUCUCAAUUCAGAGUUCAUCAGAGAGUUCAUACUGGAGAGAAACCUUAUCACUGUAGUGUCUGUGGGAAGAGUUUUAGUAUAAACCAUAACUUACUACAUCACCAGAGACUUCAUACAGGUGAAAAACCUUUCAAGUGCUCUCAGUGUGACAAGACAUUUGCUCAGUCACGUUACUUACAAUCCCAUCAGAGAGUUCAUAUUAAAGAGAAACUUCAUCACUGUAAUGUCUGUGGGAAGAGUUUUAGUCAACAGACUAACUUACUAAAUCACCAGAGAAUUCAUACAGGUGAAAAGCCUUACAAAUGCUCUCAGUGUGACAAGACCUUUGCUAAGUUAGUUUACUUGAAAUCCCAUCAGAGAGUUCAUAUUGGAGAAAAAACUCAUCACUGUAGUGUCUGUGGGAAGAGUUUUAGUCAUCACUCAAACUUACUAAGGCACCAGAGACUUCACACAGGUGAAAAACCUUUCAAAUGCUCUCAGUGUGACAAGACAUUUGCUCAGUCACGUUACUUACAAUCCCAUCAGAGAGUUCAUAUUGAAGAGAAACUUCAUCACUAG